AAUUUAUAAAAUGCUAAAAUAAUUGAGAGCUAUAUUUCUUUAUAGGAACAGUUAAAAUGAUAAAACUCCUCAAUGAGAUCUUUAGUUCUUUUUAGUGUAUAUAAUCACCUCGUUCAGCGCCUGCCAUACCCACCCGCGUGGUUAGAAAAUAGACGCCAGUUGCAUAGCAUUUCGUACUUGACAUUGUAUUGUUUUUGAAGCUAAAGCCCUUUGUCCAUAGCCGAGAAAAAGAAGAAGAAAAGAUGCAGCAGAGAAAAUCCACAUAUGGAAGGCCUACUGGAACGGACGGUUCCGAUUUCUCCUACCGCAUGGUCGUUGAAUCUAGGUAUCAAAGAGUAGCUGAAGGAAAGUCCCACCUCUCUAAGCUAAUUUUUGUUCAGGCUAUUAUGCAAAUUAUAGGAGUGUUGUACACUGUUCUACAGACAUCCUGGGAGGAAGGACCCAAUAGGAUUGCUAUUUCUUCUAUUGUUGUCUGUUUGAUUUCCCUAGUAAUUGGAGAUUUAGGACGAAGGCGUAGUCGUGCAAAUUUGUUGAGACUUUACAUGGUUGGAUCAUCUAUUGCACUAAUCCUCUCCAUUUACUGUGUUGCUAAGGACAAUCUCACACUACAGGUAAGAUGGUUCUAUGAUUUUAAUUUUUUUUUUCAUUAUCUUUAAGAGUUUCACAAUUCUUAAAGAGCUGUUAAGAAAAUGUAAGAACAUCUAGAAUGUCUAGUAAAGAAACAAGAAUCUAUAAGAGUGAGCAUUGAGCUUAUGGUAGCCAAAUGAGGUCAGGAUAACACCAGGCAAAACUACAAAGGUAUGGGAACUGUAUAUAGCACUCUGCUUGAGCUGCCCGUAAGUUGUGUUAUUUGAAAGAGCUAAUCAUGACAAAUUAAUGAAAUAUUGUUAGGAACUAGAUUCUAAAUUCUGAUAAUUAUUAAAGCCUCUAUGUUUAGUAUCUAAAUUGCUAUUCUAGAGCUCACUAAUGGUU